AUGCAGCAUGUAAGCUUUCAGCAAACUUUCGGCAGGUAAAGGAAGACAUUGCCACCUGAAGGCUACUUUCCUAAAUGAAUGAAAUAAACUCUUCUAGCUACUACUUCAUGAACCUGCUAGUUUAUGAAUACAAUACGUAAAUUCAUAAUUAUGAACCAAAUCUGCUACACUUAAAGAGGAAUGAUUUCCCCUGCUGCAUGUGAUGUGUGUCUGUGACUUCUGCAGCGGUACCAUUCAAAAUGAGCCAUUGUUUAGAUCAGACCAGUGACCUUUGACACAGUGCCACUGUAUCCUGUAUCUCAUAGUGUGUUCUGGAACUCACUGAAUCACUGGUCAUGGCAUAACCAACCAAAGGACGCAUACACAUUUCAAAUUAACAUUGACAUGACAACACAAAAUCCACAGCUACUCUAAUUGAACCUGUAUGGACACUGGCAUGUGUAUGUGAUUAUUAGAAACUAGGAAGAAUAUAGAAUACAGUACUAGGGCAAAACCAUAAAACCACUGCCAUUUAGCUUCAACAUUUUAGUAUAGCCCCCACCAAUGUGUGUUCUAUGGGCUCACGGCUCCUUCUUAUCUCUGAAAGCAGAGGGUUCUCUAUCCACGCCCCAUGAUAGCACACUGGAAGCCUGCUGUGGGACUUAGAUAGAGCUGAUAAACAGGAGUAAACUAUAAAACGGUGUGUUUGACUGACUCUCUCUAUAACUGUCUUAAUCGCCUCUCUCGGUUAUAAGCCUCAAGACGAGAGGAAAUCAUCAGGUAUGGCUGUUUCCUUUUGUGUCAGAUGUCACUUAGCAUGACAUGUAUUAGUUGACUAGCAUGUACAGUAUACCAUCAAUGCUCUGCUUAGAAUUUAUUGUUUUGCUGCAGGUAUCACUUUAGAGAUGUUUUUCUCGGUGAAUCAGUAAUAUAAAGGUGAAUAUAUAAAGUUAAUUGCAAUAUCAAAACAAAAUCUUUCUAUAAAAAGUUGUAUAUAUUUUCAGGAAAAAAUGACUAGAAGACACACCUUCAUCUGUUUUCUGCCUUUGCUGAUUGGGUAUUCAUCUCAGUCCUGUGACAAGGAGACCCACUGCCCCAAAGAGAAGCAGGGUGUUUAUGGCAGUGAUGUGACACAGAUCCCGGUAAGUCUGAAAGCAGGUGUCACAGAGGUCUUCUUUGUGGACAGUCAAAUCACUGUCAUCCCAAAGGGGGCCUUCGCCACCAACACGAAGCUGGAAAAGGUGGAGUUCAUCAACACCCCCACCGUGUCCAUAGAGAACGGUGCUUUCGAGGGAUUGGUCGACCUCAAGGAUAUUGAGAUCUCCAAUACCCGACUAACAUCCGUGCCUGUAGACGUCUUCCAAGGCCUGCACAACCUGGAAAAACUUCUGCUGAAACACAACAUGAUCCGUAGUCUGGAGAAAGGAUUGUUUGAUGGCCUUAAGAAACUGAGAGAUCUCCAAUUACACAUAAACGAGAUCAACACCAUCGAGGAGGGGACGUUUGAUGACCUAGAAAACCUUCAGACCCUCCAUCUGGCCAAAAACAACCUCAGUUCUGUGUCCUCCGCCCUGUUCUCAAAGCUGCACAAACUGCAGGUACUGAGGCUCUAUGACAACCAACUGACCGCCAUUCCUGACGAUAUAUUCGAAAAUCUAUCCAAUUUAAAGGAGAUCGCUCUACAGAGUAACAAAAUAGCUGCAAUAUCAGCCAAUUUGUUCCCGCAUAAAGACAAAUUAAACAAGAUACUUUUGGACAAUAACAUGUUGACUGAAUUGCCUCCAGAGAUGUUUGUGGGCUUUCCUCUGCUUAAAAUAUUGACACUGAAUGGAAAUAAACUUGCAAGUCUACCUCCUGUCCUCUUUGGAGAGUUGCCUAAACUGACUGAGUUGAGUCUCAUUCAAAACAGUCUUACCAGCCUUCCUCAGGGAGUAUUUAGUCCUCUUAAGAAACUCAGGAAGUUGGAUCUGUCUAACAACCAAUUGUCCACCGUGUCUGAAGAGUCUUUUGAGGGCCUUGAGAAGCUAACAGAACUCAAUCUUCAAUACAACCAGAUCAAAUCAUUGAAAGCAAACACCUUUGAAAAGCUGACAUCACUAACCACCCUUAGACUGGCUCAUAAUAGCCUGGGGACACUUCCAGAGGAUAUAUUUGAACCCUUACCAAAACUCAGCAAAGUCUAUUUAAACAACAACAUUUGGCAUUGUGACUGCAGGAUGGUCCCACUCUUCAAAUGGAUGAAGGCAAACCCUGGCAAGAUCAAGUCCACGUCUCCUGAGAUCUGUAAUCAGCCAGAGGAUUUAAAGGGACAAGAAAUCAUGUCUCUCACAGAGGAUCAGCUCAUAUGUCCUAUAUCUCCUCUGACCACCACCCCUUUACCCACCACAACCACCACCACGACCACAGCAACCACCACAACCCAAACAACCACACCACUUGUAACCACCAUGCCCACUACUACAGUCACAACUACAUUUCCAACUACUCAGCCACCUACAACCACUCAGCCAACUACUCUGCCCACUACGACACCAACAAGCACAGAGCCUACGACUACUCAGCCACCUACAACUACUCAGCCAACUACUCUGCCCACUACGACACCAACAAGCACAGAGCCUACGACUACUCAGCCACCUACAACCACUCAGCCACCUACAACCACUCAGCCAACUACAACCACUCAGCCAACUACAACCACUCAGCCAACUACAACCACUCUGCCAACUACAACAACUUUGCCAACCACAAUGGCCACUACAACUGAAGCCACCACCCCAACUACAACCACUAUUGUGACCACCACACUAAUAACCACAACUCCGAUACCCACCACCAAAGGGACAACCACAGCACUGACCACAACCACAUUACCCACAAUCACAACCGCAACAACCACCACUUUAGCUCCUACCACAACCACAACCACCACCUUAGCUCCUACCACAACCACCACCGUAGCUCCUACCACAACCACCACUUUAGCUCCUACCACAACCACAACCACCACCGUAGCUCCUACCACAACCACCACUUUAGCUCCUACCACAACCACAGCUCCUACCACAACUACAACCACCUUAGCCACAACCACAACCACAACCACAACCACAACCACAAUGACCACAACCACUGUCACAACCCCAAUACCCACCACCACACCUUCUACCACUCUCCCAACAACCACCAUCACAAGAACCACUCGGAGAGAUUCAACGCAGCCACCAACCACGCCAAGGAUCUUCAGCUGUCCCGACAUAUCACCUUCUCGUCGCCCGUCCCCCUCCUACUACACCCACCAGGCCUGGAGCAAGGCCUCACAGUGCAGGGCCCGGAUGAUAUCAUACACAUGCAUGCUGUUGGUGGAGAUAGGCUGCAUCCUGGUGCUGGCUAAGUUCACCCUGUCUCUGUAUCGCUUGCUCCAGCGCAGGGAGAGGCUGUACACCCGGGUAAACCUGACUCAAUUCUCCUACAGGAAGGAGGUGAUGCUGAGGCCAGUCAAGGUGACAGAGACUGUGGGUUUGUGAUCGUCCUCAGACAAUUGCUUUCAUUUUUUGUGAAAUUCUAAUUUCUGGAUAAGGCUUAAAAUACAGGACAAAAUAUUGCUAUGUCACAUGAUUGUACAAAACACAAGGCCCUAGUAAUGGGAUAAGGUGGAAGAAAAUAGGGAAUGUUGGUCAUCUUUUCUGAAAAAUAAAUGAACACAAACAUAUCUUUGGGGUGCAGCACCCCAGGAGUAGUCCAAUACAGUAACACGUUAUGUAAGACAUAAACAUAUUGUCCAUGCCGGGGUAAUUGUUGCUCAUAGUGAAUAGGCCUACUUAGUUCAUACUCAUCUAAUAGUUUAAUGCCCAUACAAUAUCUACUGUUCACUGAGUAUACCAAACAUUAGGAACACCUUCCUAAUAUUGAGUUGCACCCCCUCCCCAAUUUGCCCUCAGAACAGCCUCAAUUCCUUGGGGCAUGGACUCUACAAGGUGUCAAAAGUGUUCCAUAGGGAUGCUUGCCCAUGUUGACUCCAAUGCUUCCCACAGUUGUGUCAAGUUGGCUGGAUGUCCUUUGGGUGGUGGACCAUAGUUGAAGAUACUGUUCUUUAUUUUCAAACAAAAUAAAUGUUGUUCCUGUGACCAACAGUCAUGGUAGAAAAGUCUAUCUGCAUUGUAUACUGAUAAAAAUAAAUAAAAAAAGAGACCUGCCACUGGCAUUAAACAAAGCCUUUGUGUCCAUGUAUGCUGGUGAUUCAAACACAUACGCAUCAGCAACCACAGCUAAUGAAGUUACUGAAACCCCUAACAAAGCGUUGCAGUCUGUUUUGGAAUGGGUGGCCAGUAAUAAACUGGUCCUGAAUAUCUGUGAAACUAAGAGCAUUGUAUUUGGUACAAAUCAUUCUCUAAGUUCUAGACCUCAGCUGAAUCUGGUAAUGAAUGGCGUGGCUGUUGAACAAGUUGAGGAGACUAAAUUACUUGGUGUUACCUUAGAUUGUAAACUGUCAUGGUCAAAACGUAUAGAUUAUAUGGUUGUAGAGAUGGGUAGAGGUCUGUCCGUAAUAAAGAGAUGCUCUGUUUUUUUGACACCACACUCCACAAAGCAAGUCCUGCAGGCUCUAGUUUUAUCUUGAUUAUUGUCCAGUCAUGUGGUCAAGUGCUGCAAAGAAAGACCUAGUUAAGCUGCAGCUGGUCCAGAACAGAGCGGCACGUCUUGCUCUUCAUUGUAAUCAGGGGGCUAAUAUUAAUACUAAUAUUAAUAUUAAUACUAUGAAUAUUAUUAUUAUUACUAUUAUUAAUACUAUUAAUACUAAUACUAAUAUUAAUACAGUCUCUCUUGGCUAAGAGUUGAGGAAAGACUGACUGUGUCCCUUCUUGUUUUUAUAAGAAACAUAAAUGUGUUGGAAAUUCCAAAUUGUUUACACACAGCACGGACACACACACUUACCCCACCAGACAUGCCACCAGGGGUCUUUUCACUGUCUCCAGGUCCAGAAUAAAUUCAACGAAACGUACAGUAUUAUACAGAACCAUUAGUGCACGGAACUCUCUUCCAUCUCAUAUAGCGCAAGUGAACAGCAAACCUGGGUUAAAAAAACGAAUAAAGCAACACCUCACGGUACAACGCCUCUCCCCCAGGUGACCUACUUGUUGUGUGUAUGUAAUGACAUGUAUGUGUAACUGAUAGAUGCACACACACACUACAUGUUCAUGUUUUUAAAUGUAUUUAAAUUGUAAAGUCUUUUUUAGUCUGUAAUGUAUUUUUCGUUUUGUGUCGCACCCCAGUAAGACUAGCUGUUGCCAUUGGCAUCAGCUAAUGGGGAUCCUAAUUAAUCUAAUCUAAUCAAAAGGAACAUUAGGGGCUCUAUUCAAUCAGAUCCGAUUUAGCCGAUAUCCACAUAGCUACACUUUCUCAUUCUGAACUUCUAACGCGAGUGGGACAGUUGUGGCUUCAUGACAUUGAUCAAAAGCAGCCGCACACUGAUUUGACAGCUCCAUUUACAACUUCAACACCAAAAAAACAUCAGCUAUGCAGGUGUUGUAUCACCAGUUAGCGCUGGAUCUGAUUGAAUCCAGGCCACGAUGGAGUACUUGGACUGUUGCUUUAUACUGCAUGUCCACACUAACAAGCCUUCCACAUAACAAAUGAAUCUGUAUCGGCUUCCUGCUGAUUCUAGAACUAGUCACAGGGGCACAGCUGCCAUCCACGUGGCACAUCUGUAGCAUGUUACACACUACCUUUACCCUCUGGCUCAGCGUUUCCCAAACUCUGUCCUGGGUAGCAGCACUACACAGCUGAUUCAAAUAAUCAACCAAUCAUCAAGCUUUGAUUAUUUAAAUCAGGUAUGUAGUGCUAGGACAAAAAAACUAAACAUGCAGCCCUUGGGGUCCCCCAGGACCGAGUUUGGGAAACGCUGCUGUAGCUAUAACCCUUCCCCAGGUAACAUUGCAUGGAAACCUCAGGUGUGCCAGUUUAGGGUUAAAACUAAAAUGUGAAACAUCUGGAGAGGAUUGAGGAGAGGGUUGGGUAUGUUGUGUGCACCAGUAUGUUGUGUGCACUACCAUUCCCCACCAGCAGGUGGAGUUAGAGGUGAAUGAAAGGUGGUUCAUCAUGAGACGAUGAGUGGGAAAACACAGCAUACUGUCACCACAGUACACGGUAGUUAUGUAAUCUGAAAUAGACCAAUAAUUAUCCUACUCAUUACAAUAAUGUGUAUGGGGAUGACUCAGAGAGGCAUUCCUUCAAAGCACAGAUGUUGUAUGAAAAGACUGACUCUAAUAGUACCCCAGAAAUGAGUAUGGUUGUCUGGACUGACUGAGGCAAAAAUAAUGUGAGUGACCAGAUGGAUGCCUCCACAUGAGCUCAGCAUAACUCAAUGGCUACAAAACUUCCUUGACAUUCUUUCACUAGAGCUCUCCAUAGCUUGUGUGAACAGCGGGAGGGAAGGGGGAAUAGGAAUGGGUCGCACCUUCCGAGAAGGGGGGAGGAAGGUAGGACAGACAGGACAAAUAAUGCUUAUUUUAAUAUAUUUUUUUGCUGUUUUUUGUUUCUUUAUACAUGGACUAUUGUAAUAGUAUUGCCUGUCAGUGAUCUGAAACCCUCACAAAAAAAGAAUUACAAAGUUGGGAAGAAAAAAAAGAAAAGACUUGUUAAGUUAUGAAAUGAAAGCAGUUCACUGAGCCAUGGACAAAGUGGUGAAAAGCCAGUAGAGCAAUAACACAUGACAGUGUAUGGAACCUCUCAAUCCCACAGGCUGGGGAUCAGUCAACACAAAGGUAGUGGAGUGGAGACCCUGAGAAGAGCAGUGUGUUUGGGGUUACCCAGGUCAGUGCCCGGUCAUGGCCCUGGAGGGAGUGCGUCUGUUAGCCAACCGCUAAACGCCUCAAUUAAGCCCUUUAUGAGGAGCUCAGCUAGCAGCUAGCACAGGUGCAGGGCAGGAAGCCAGCCUCAUUAACCAAGGAAGAAGAAGAGGAGGGGGGCACGGGCCAGCGGUGAACCCACUGUCAUCACAUGUUAUUGGAGGGCUGAAUGAUGCCAUUGUCCUUGCUCAUAGAGAGGGAGAGAGAGAGAAUGGGGAGAGGAGGGGACAAAGUGGAAGGGAUGGAGAGUUGACCAGUCCUGACCUAUUGCGCAGUAGAGUUGCGACUCUCUCGAACUCUUCAAAGCUCUUCAAAGUGCCCGGGGCGAUCAGCUGUGUGGCUGUGACAGGACCCAGGUCACAUGUCAAUGGAGGCAUGGGCUUCAUCCCAAAUGGCACCCUAUUCCCUAUUUAGUGCACUGCUUUUGGCCAGGGCUUUGGUCAAAAGUGAUGCACUAUAUAGGGAAUACGGUGCCAUUUGCGGCAUGGCCAGGGAGAUUGAAUUGGAGGCAGCCUGUUCAAUGCUCAUUAGAGGCUGCAUCCUCACAUCAAAUGUAAUAAAUACAUAUUGCAGGUGCUACUACAAUAGAUUAUGAUUUAAAUCAAGUUAUGCACGCAUAUAGAUCCAGUUUCAGUCCAAGCACUGUGGUAUAUGGAGAACUACUGUCAGUAGGUCAAAUAUUACUAGCAGAAGUAUACAAUUAGUAUGGAAUAUCUCUUCAUUCUCUUGAUUUGAUGGAAAGUCUUUCUGACGUUACAGUCUAGAAUAGCCAUUAGAUGGCAGGAUUGGAUCAUAUUGGCGGACUCAAUACUAAUGGUUUUGUACAAUGUGUAUAAGUACAUAUCUCUUAGGCCCUCUGGAAAACAUUGUAUAAUAUUUCAUAUAAAGCAUAAUCACUAUUGACACAGUAUGUGUUGAGUUUAUGCUAUGUUUAGGAGAAUAUGCACCUAAAUACUUAUGUUCAGCCUAUUUCCUUAUUUUAUUCAGUAUGAAUACCACAGACAUAGUGGCCCCAUUCCAAUUAUUCCACUAGGUGGUGCUGUCCUCCUAUGAGAACCAACAGAUUUUGAGAGAUAAAGUUUCUCCUGUCAGUUUUUAGUUACUACUGCUAUGUCAAAGGUGCACUCUGCUCAGUUAGAGGAAGCAUUAUACCAAAAGACAGAACAUAUAUGAAUAUACAUGACAGCACCCACCAUAGCACAACGAUGACUCAGCUGUAUGAAUCAUCUGAGAACAUCAAUCUACCAGCAAACCAUCAGUAGAGAGAGGCUGGAUGGAAAGAGAGAAUUUGUUUGUUUAUAAAAGCCACUUACUUUUCAGCUAUUUUCAUUUGGGAAUCAUUUCCAUUCCAGUCACAGAACAUUUCUAUACAUUCUAAUGUUCUUUACAGAACAUUUCUAUACAUUCUAAUGUUCUUUACAGAACAUAUCUAAACACUUUAAUGUUCUUUACAGAACAUUUCUAUACAUUCUAAUGUUCUUUACAGAACAUUUAUAUACACUUUAAUGUUCUUUACAGAACAUUUAUAUACACUUUAAUGUUCUUUACAGAACAUUUAUAUACACUUUAAUGUUCUUUACAGAACAUUUCUAUACACUUUAAUGUUCUUUACAGAACAUUUCUAUACACUUUAAUGUUCUUUGAAGCAAAACGACAUUUAUGGCGGAAUGACGUGUGCUGAUUCUGUAUCGAAAUGUAUUUCCAAUUGAUCCUAACGGGGACUGAGUGUUCGUUCCUCAAUAAGAUGACUAAGAUGAUAUAUCACAGAUUGAAAAUGAAUUCGGGUGUGUACUAAACGGCACCCUAUUCACUAUAAAGCUGCACUACUUUCUACCAGAGUCUAUAUGGAAUAUGGUGCCAAUUGGGGUGACGCAUGGCUGUGUGUCACUGCCAUGUUCUCCAUCUGUAAGGGUUUAGAACGAGGGGACUGUUCCGUUGUUGAUUUGUACUACGAUCUUACCAAACGAUCUUACCAAACGAUCUUACCAAACGAGGCCAACCACACAUACGUCAGAAGUAUCUCCAAAGAGGACGCAUCCCAGUUUCACAGUUUCAAUGAGCGCCUCCCUCGCACGUCAACAGUCAAAACCAGCACAUGCCAGGGAUUCUUGGGUAACUCAAUGCAGAUUUGAAAGAUGCACAUGCUCCGUCUCAAACACACUUGCCCGGAUCAAUUACACAUUGACAACUGCAUAUUACCACAUCCACACACUUGGAUGUGUGCAAGCAAUCCCACAUGUACGCGCACGAACAUGCAUGCACAGCCUACACUCGCACACACUGUACAACACACACUGUAUUCGCCAUUAAAGAUCUCCAAAUAGUGGGCAUGGUAUUCUUGCUGCUCUUCUUUCCGAUUCAAGGGACUAGGGGAGAUGAAACUGUGUGCUUACAACAAGUUAAAACCUAAACAAAUACAAGUGUCCUCAAAGGAGACAGCUUCUUUUUUUCCCUGCCUCUCUUUAGGGUUGAGGAGUUGACAAAGGCAAACAAAAUAGGCCACAGUAAGCAACUUCUCCACCCCAGCGACCCUGGACACAGCAGGUAGCCUGGAGAAAGGGAGUGGAGAGGGGAAAGAGUCCAUCAUAGAAGAGGAGGCGGACAGAGAUGGUGACACCUUGAAUACGUCGGAAUAAACCCACGGGUCAGAGGUCACCAAUGUAGACAAGCUCCACAAACCCUGAAGCCCAUUGGAAGCCUCAAUUAAAACCAGUGCGGUAAUUUGACUGUUUUGUCCAGAAAACAGACAAACAAUAAUCACUGGAAUUUUGGGGAGUUGCAACCCACCCUUUUGCCCUCAGAACAGCCUCAAUUCGUCGGGGCAUGGACUCUACAAGGUGUCGAAAGAGUUCCACAGGGAUGCUGGCCCAUGUUGACUCCAAUGCUUCCCACAGUUGUGUCAAGUUGGCUGGAUGUCCUUUGGGUGGUGGACCAUUCUUGAUACACACGGGAAACUGUUGAGCGUGAAAAACCCAGCAGCGUUGCAGUUCUUGACACAAACCGGUGCGCCUGGCACCUACUACCAUACCCCGUUCAAAUGCACUUCAAUCUUUUGUCUUGCCCAUUAACCCUCUGAAUGGCACACAUACACAAUCCAUGUCUCAAUUGUCUCAAGGCAUAAAAAUCCUUCUUUAACCUGUCUCCUCCCCUUCAUCUACACUGAUUGAAGUGGAUUUAACAAGUGACAUCAAUAAGGGAUCAUAGCUUUAACCUGGAUUCACCUGGUUAGUCUAUGUCAUGGAAAGAGCAGGUGUUCAUCAUGUUUUAUCCACUCAGUGUAUAUUUGCUAUGUGUAUAUUUGUAUUUAUGCAUGUAUGUAUUUUUUAUUGGACCAUACAGAUCCAUUGAAUUGAAAAUCCUGCCUCUGAAAUGUCUGUCUCAGUCAAAUAAAACCAUAAAGAUGUUUAUGUCUGAUAGAUGAUAGAUGAUAAUAUGAGGGGUAUAGUUGUAGCCAGAGCCAUCUAAAUAUAUGCCUCCGGUUGUAACCAUGGAGACAUCCUUGUUUAGCAGUAUGCGGUAUGCACAUGAAUUUCCCCAUUCCCAACAUGAAAUGGAUAAAACGUUAUAAGACCUUCGGCCGCAAAGGAAAGCUACAGUUUUAUGAUGCAAAUCACAAACACAAGCAAAAUGAGUCUGAGUCACAAAUGCCACCUUAUUACCUGUAUAGGGCACUACUUUAGACCAGGGCCCUAUACCCUUUAUAGGGCACUACUUUAGACCAGGGCCCAUGGGGAAUAGUGUGCAAUUUGGGACACAGACUGAGCCUUGUAGAAUCAGCCCAGUCAGCACAAUCACCAACCUGAUCAACACACUGUGGUCUGACCAGGACCAAUCACCAACCUGAUCAACACACUGUGGUCUGACCAGGACCAAUCACCAACCUGAUCAACACACUCUAGUCUGACCAGGACCAAUCACCAACCUGAUCAACACACUGUGGUCUGACCAGGACCAAUCACCAACCUGAUCAACACACUGUGGUCUGACCAGGACCAAUCACCAACCUGAUCAACACACUGUGGUCUGACCAGGACCAAUCACCAACCUGUCAACACACUGUGGUCUGACCAGGACCAAUCACCACCUGAUCAACACACUGUGUCUGACCAGGACCAAUCACCAACCUGAUCAACACACUGUAGUCUGACCAGGACCAAUCACCAACCUGAUCAACACACUGUGGUCUGACCAGGACCAAUCACCAACCUGAUCAACACACUGUGGUCUGACCAGGACCAAUCACCAACCUGUUCAACACACUGUGGUCUGACCAGGACCAAUCACCAACCUGAUCAACACACUGUGGUCUGACCAGGACCAAUCACCAACCUGUUCAACACACUGUGGUCUGACCAGGACCAAUCACCAACCUGAUCAACACACUGUGGUCUGACCAGGACCAAUCACCAACCUGAUCAACACACUGUGGUCUGACCAGGACCAAUCACCAACCUGAUCAACACACUGUGGUCUGACCAGGACCAAUCACCAACCUGAUCAACACACUGUGGUCUGACCAGGACCAAUCACCAACCUGUUCAACACACUGUGGUCUGACCAGGACCAAUCACCAACCUGAUCAACACACUGUGGUCUGACCAGGACCAAUCACCAACCUGAUCAACACACUGUGGUCUGACCAGGACCAAUCACCAACCUGUUCAACACACUGUAGUCUGACCAGGACCAAUCACCAACCUGAUCAACACACUGUGGUCUGACCAGGACCAAUCACCAACCUGAUCAACACACUGUGGUCUGACCAGGACCAAUCACCAACCUGAUCAACACACUGUGGUCUGACCAGGACCAAUCACCAACCUGAUCAACACACUGUAGUCUGACCAGGACCAAUCACCAACCUGAUCAACACACUGUGGUCUGACCAGGACCAAUCACCAACCUGAUCAACACACUGUGGUCUGACCAGGACCAAUCACCAACCUGAUCAACACACUGUGGUCUGACCAGGACCAAUCACCAACCUGAUCAACACACUGUGGUCUGACCAGGACCAAUCACCAACCUGAUCAAACACUGUGGUCUGACCAGAAUCAUAUUCAUAAAGCGUCCUGGACUAGGAAUGCUGAUCUAGGAUCAGGUCACCCCUGUCUACAGAUGAAUGAUCUUAAUUUGAUAACUAUUUUGUUACUGCACAGCAGGAAAUCUAAAUUUGUAGUGUAUUUGAGUUUUAAAAAGGCGUCUAAAGUUUGUAAUUUCUGCUUUGAAAAUUCAGAGGUGUCCAUAAAUUAUAAUACACAUAAUAAUUCACAUUUCCUGUUGCUGCAGGAUUAUUUUCCUGCUGUAACAAACUGGCUCAAAUUAAGAUCCUACAUAUGUAUGUAAUCUUAUAAAUGUUGACCUAAAUAAAACAACUGAUCCUAGAUCAGGACUCCUACUCUGAGACACUUUAUGAAAACAGUCCUUGACCACAAAGAUAUUCUCAACCAGACCGUCAGUGAGCCCACAUUCAAUUAAUACAAACUGAUGAUCAGAAAUAGUCUAACUAACAUUCUGAAAAUACUUUUUCAGUUGCCAAUGUAAAUCAACAUUAUGUAAGGAGAGUUUUAAAGUAGCCAUGUAAACUGUGAUGGGAAAACCAAGAUGAUGACUAGAAACAGAAGUCUCCAGACCCUUGCUGUACCUUUUUCCAUACACACUUAACACAAGCAGUUGGACAGAGAGAGAAUCUAUGAAGCCAGGGCCCGGCAUGCUAAUUAACCAAUUACUAGCACUAAUUGCCAUCUCCUGAGGAGAGGUUAAGGAGUGGGAUCAGGGCCUCCCUGGGCGUCGAUGGCUGACUCUCUGCCACCGUGUCAUCCAUGCUGGGGCCUAAUCGAGUUAUUAUAUCAACAAAUCUCUCAUCAGGGGCCCAGAGCCUGACACUCCCAGAAAGACACCCAGAGGGGGACGACAAAUUUCCAGCAGCAGGAAGCUGGAGCUGGCCUGCCAGGCUGGAUGAAUGGUACCUGCAGCUCCCGGUCAAGCUCCCGUUGGGAGGACACUCACGCUGGGCACCACAGCCACCACUCUACCCCGCUGCUCUGGAGGUUGUGAGUGUUAUAGUAUAGGAGUGGAGGAAUCAAUGAGGAAUACAAGGGGGACAUUAUUCGCAAUGAGCAAUACAAGGGGAACACAAUGCGGUGAGUUUAGAGGGGAGCGCAGCCCCUGUGGCUGUGAGAGGCGACUGAUGGUCAGGGUUUUAGGUGGCCCUUGUCUGGGAGGAUGUUCGUGUACUGUUAAUCUGGGGUCAGGGACGCACCUCAGCCCUCACACAUCACUCACUGACAGCAGCACUCAUUGAUGACCAUACCAAGUCCUCUGUCAUAAACUUUCAGACGGUACGUGAAUUAAGUUAUUUAAUCUUUCUCUCUCACUGACCAAUGCUACUUGAUGGCUUUCUGUCUCAGAAUAGAGCCUUUGACUGAGUCACUCUGGUUCCUAGCUGAGGUGAACGACAAAACUGCCGAUUGAUCCAAAUUCAAUACUUUUGGAAUAUAUGGAAGUUGUGGGGAAAGACAAGGGCUUAAUUAAAGCAAGUGAGUGUAAAAAAUAUAUUGAAAAGGAGCGUGUCUGUGCAAGUCAAGCUAGAUAGAGAUAAAACUUAAGACAAUAAAAUGACAAACCACUCUAUUACUGUUAAAUUGUUAUGUGUUAAAACAUAUUCAACUAAACCAAACUAAACCAAUGACAUUGCUAGAUGGCACUGCAAGGCCGUUCAUCGAGGAAUCCAUGGUUGAGAACAUUUUGUUAUCUAACUCUGAGAAGGAAAGGCUGUCCGGAGUAGCAUGUGUGUGUGGUGAAGUGGAUGCUGAUUCCAUAUUUCUAAACCAUAUUCCAUAUUUCUAAACCAUAUUCCAUAUUUCUAAAUGAUAUUCCAUAUUUCUAAAUGAUAUUCCAUAUUUGAAAACCAUAUUCCAUACUUCUAAACCAUAUUCCAUAUUUCUAAACAAUAUUCCAUAUUUCUAAACCAUAUUCCAUAUUUCUAAACUCUGUGUGGUCAAAGAAAACUGUGUUUGUGUUCCCCUUGCUGACGGUGCAUGGAGGCAUGACUCUGAAAAUUCCCUGGAGGCACAGAAGUGUGAUAAGGAGGAAGAAUGGGUUCUGGCUUAGCAUUCCAAAUGUUUGACAUGGUCUUUUACCACCCCACCCCAUCCCCCCUACACACACACACACACACACACACACACAUACACACACACGCGCACACACACACACACACACACAAGGAUGCACUUGAACAUACACACAGACGAGUGUAUGUGUGCACACACUCACACACACACACACACACACACAUACACGCAUGCACACCUAUAUCAACAAUGGAACUAGUCCAGGUGCCAUCAGAGUUUUGAUUUCAGCCGGAGAUACAUUUUUUAUCCUGAGGUAUGGACUUGUUCUGAGCUUAGCCACAAGCCUCUGACCUCACCACUCGUUACUGCCUCUUACGGGCCCAUUCAUUUAAUUACCUUUUCAUAGAAAAGUAGAGACUGCACGGAAUUAGCCUGUCCACUCCGCUACCUCUUAAAGUUAAGAUGCCCCUUUAUGCCUCUCUAUUGAGCCUCCCUCUCCCUGGGAGUGUAGCGUAGGGCAGGGCAGGUACAGAUGUAGGAUCGUAAUUUAAUCACCCUGUUGCAGGAGAACUUUCCUGCAAUGCAGGAAAUGUAAAGUUUGUAGUUUAUUUGAGGUUUAAAAAGGCUUCUGAAGUUUGUAAUUUCCACUUUGACAUUUCAGAGUUGCUGUAUUAACCCCUAUAAAAAUGUCCAUUAAUUAUAAUCCACAUAAUAAUUCACAUUGCCUGUUGCUGCAGGAUUAUUAUCCUGCUGUUGUAAACUGGCUCAAAUUAAGAUCCUACAUCUGUAUGCAGCAGCCCCGUGGGGGUCUGACCUCUGGCCCUCACUCUGGAGAGGGACUCAUGCCCCAUCCAGCCAUCACAGCCCUCCGCAGCUGCCUGCUGAUCCCAACAAUGAGGCCAUUUGGCUGGGCCGCUGUGGGCAGAAAGACCCCCUGGAGCUCCAGCCUCCAUCCGGA